CUCUAGAAGGAUGGCUCAAAGGUAUCAUACCUGGAAUCAUCUCCCACCAAAUUUGGAAGGAAAGAAACCGGCGCAUCCAUGAAAACAUCAGCAAAGACUCGGGGAGACUACUUCAAGACUGUAUUGCCCAAGUACAGGAGUGGGUUCUUGGAAGGGCUCCUUCAAAGCUUAAGUACUUCGACGCCUGGAGACUUCCUCCUGAACUUAUGCUCUCGCAGCAAAGGAACCCCACCCUUAGAAUCCAUAGAUGGACCAACACCUCGGACGGCGGAUUACACCUCUCCACAGAUGUAGCAGUCAAUCAAAAUUACGGGGUGGCAAGUGCAGUUUUACGCAGAGGAAAUGACACUUUCAUUGCAGCGGGAACAUGGAAGAUUGAAGAAACAACUGCCUUACAAGGUGAGGCAAAAGCUUUAGCCAUUGGCAUGCAAUGGGCUGCACAUUUUGGAAGAUAUAUUUGGGCCAACACUGACUGCAAAAGUCUAGCCAAGUCAA